AUGUCCAGCAACGACUCCCCCAAAGCUUCACCCUUCAUUCAGCUCGGGCUGCGAUCCCGCCGAGGCUCCCUUGCUUCACUUUCUGGAGCGACCCCGAUAGACAAGGAGCAGCUUGCUCAAGCACUCGACAAGAUACACAGCACCGCCUGCCAGUCUGAGACCUUGACGACAUUCAACGAGUUCGGUUCCCCUCCAGCUUCGUCCACCAAUACCGAGAGCAAAGGCUUAGCUGGGGAUCUCAUGCAAAAUGGACUCAGUGGUUUAUACAGUCGGUUUCGAGGAGCGGUGGGUGGGGGGGUGAAAGAAAGGGCAACAUCGAUGUCGACAAAGAGUGAGCAUGAGGGGUCAGAGAUUAGAUCAAUAAAAAGCCAAAAGGGCGCAGCACCGACUUCUAGAGGGCCCAUGGUGCCCAGUCGGGAAGACAGUGGUGCUGGACUAACUUCAUCUCCCAUCCCUCUGUCAACGUCCUCUUCUCAAGUCCAGUCACCUACCACCGCCUCGUCCUUUAUUGGUCGCCCAUCAGAGAGUCAGUCGCAGACUUCCAAGUCCUCAAAAAGCACCUUGAUCAACACGCCUGCAACAACCAAAUCAGUUUCAUCAAGCAGGCCCUCUGUAGCGUCGAUGAGCAAGAACUCAACCGCUUCCGCAGCGAUCCCUACAGUCGCGACAGUCAAUGCUUUCAAGUACGGGGAUAAGGAAAGGAGGACGUCAGAGCACCAAAAGUCGGUGACAACCGAGUCGUCGUCUUCGACGCAAGAACUGCACGACCGCCAAUCCGGCUUUGCGUUUGGCGAUCCUCGCCAUGCUAGCCUCGCUCUAGAAGAUCAAAUGUUGUUGGAUGAGUCAGAAGUCACUGACGACGAUAAAACCGAGGAUGGCAGACCAAAGAUUGUUCCCCAGUCGAUUCAAGACGCCUUUGGAGCGGAUGGUAGCAGUGAGCCACGCCGGGUACCGACCGGUGGUCCCAAGACCGCAUCGACGGCUCUCUCGUCACUCCAAGCAACAGAUGUUACGCGUUCUAGCUCGUCAUCGCGACGAGAUACGCUCGAAGGAGUAAAGCGACCAGCAGCUAUUGAGCGCAUAACCCAAUCGCAUCUUCCUGGGUAUCAUUCGUCGCGGGCAUCUUCGACUGAUCGCAGCCUAGCGGAGGCAAAUCUGGUAAACACAUCUGCCCAUAAUAAUGUCCGACAUGGCUCGUUCUCAGUUGAGGACAAUAACAGAGCGCCCUCUGGCAUCCAUCGUAUUCCUGGUACAACGAGCAACGAAGGAGCCCCAGAAGCUGUCAGUGCAAGAUUGGAACAGAUGAGGAAGCAGGUCUUGAGUAAGGAGUUUUGGAUGGCCGAUGAGAUCUGCAAAGAAUGUUUUCUUUGCGGAGAUGCAUUCUCGGCAUUUCUUCGAAGAAAACAUCAUUGCAGAACUUGUGGAUGUAUCUUUGAUUCUAAAUGUACCUCCAUCAUAUCUGGCCAGCGCUUCGGGGUACAGGGCUCACUGAGAGUGUGCAAGACCUGUCUUGAUAUCAUCAACAGAAGACAUGAUAGCAGCGGUUCUGAAGAUUCUGCCGAUGAUUCGUCGUUGCCGACAUUCUUUCAUUCUCAGCAGGCUAAAUUUGAAGCCAGCAACAAGUCAGAGACCACUGACCCUCUAGAUAAACUUCCAGUGGGAGCUACCCUUGAUGCUCAGGGAAAUCCAGUUCCAACACCCAUGAUGGCGAUCCCUGCAACUAGGAGGAUAGGGGAUUCGGCCAACAGGCGAUCAGCAGUCCUUGAGAUCGAUGCCCCCCAAUUAAGCCGGCCAAGCUCGUCCAAAUCACUAAGAGCUCUUUCAGUGGCCGGUCGACCUCUAUCUGCUGGGCACAAGCGUCAUUCAUCCAAGCACAAUUUUCUCGGGCGUUUCAAGGCCACUGUUGAAGAAAGAGCCCCAUUUCACCGUGGAGCUACAGAAGAUAUGAACAAAAAAUCACGGCUCCCUGCCUUUCAUGAUGACAACAUCAUCGAUCCAGAUCUCGCUCCAUACAUGUCUGACGAAGGCUCAAGUGGCGAUGAGCAAAUGAGCAUUUUUGCCACCAUGAACGCCAGUAGUGUAAUAAAUCCAAGUUUCGAGAAUGAUCGCUCUGGGUUUGGUUCUUUGAUGAGCGCUAGCAAGAGAAACAGAGCGCGAACUAAUGAAAAGAGUGUCAGCGGUAUCAGUUUCAAUAGUCGAGCUCCUGAUGAUGGACUCAGCACACCUUUGAGUGGAUACACAAGACCUAACAGAAGGCGAAAUCUCAGCGCGGCCAGUAAUCAUCUGCAUCACGCGCGUGCUUCACCGAGGACCAUAGUUCACGGAUUUGGUAAUCUUGAUGAGGAAAUGCUCGGCCAAGAGAACUCGUCUAAUGCUUCGUCACUUGUUCCUCCUCGAGUAACAAGAAGUGCUUCUAUGAGAGACGGGAAAGCCCCCAGCAUUGAGCUGAACGAUGCGAGCCUACAUCACGUGCGAAGGUUGUUAAACCAGUUGCUUCAGGAUAACCACAUACCGAAUGUUUCCUCUUGGGAAAAGGCCCUGAUACCAAUUUUGUUGCAAUGUACGGAUGACGUUAAUCCAAAUGUCCGACAAGAUGAAGACAUGGAUAUUCGCCAUUUCGUCAAAGUCAAGAAAAUACCUGGCGGCAAGCCUGGAGACACUUCCUACGUUUCUGGCGUGGUUUUUACCAAGAAUCUUGCGCUCAAGAGUAUGCCACGAACGAUAUCAAACCCAAGAAUUGUCAUUGUUUCUUUUCCAAUUGAAUACCAAAGACAUCAGCAACAUUUCAUGAGCCUCGAACCAGUAAUCGCCCAGGAGAAGGAGUUUCUGAGAAAUAUGGUUAACAGAAUUGCUUCUCUGCGUCCUCAAAUCCUUUUGGUUCAAAAAUCCGUCUCUGGUUUGGCACUGCAAUAUCUUGCGGAGGCCAAUAUCGCUGUCGCUUACAAUGUCAAGCAGUCUGUGAUUGAGGCCGUUUCCCGAUGCUGUUCUACAGAAGUGAUUAGCUCUAUUGAUAUGGUCGCUCUUCGGCCUGUCCAUAUUGGCAGAUGCGCUGGGUUUGACAUCAAGACUUUCGUCCACAGAGACAUCCCGAAUCGGAAAAAGACCUACAUUUACCUUUCUGGGUGCCCUAAGGACCUCGGGUGCACGAUUGCGCUACGUGGUGCGAACCUGAGUGUUCUUUCCAGAAUGAAGCAAAUCACUGAAUUCAUGGUCUAUGUGGUCUACAAUCUCAAGCUAGAAACGUGUUUAAUGCGCGACGAGUUUGUGCUUAUCCCCUCGGUCGCUGAGAGCAGUGGUAGCAUCUCGCCGACCUUACAGCGCACAUCUUGGGGCAAUAGAUCAUCGAAGGGCAGUACUGUUGCACCUCCCGAAGCAUUGAAUGCUGCCAACGACAAGCUUCAAGCUGUUGCUGAUGCUUCAUCAAAUAACCGGGAUACUGCCACAAAUGGCGAAGAUGCUGGUGAAAACCUCGAUCGAUCCCAAUCAUCGAGCGCAGAAGCCAGCAAUGCGGAUAUUUCUCAGUCAAUUCAGAAUGAGAACGCCGAACAGACUCUAACAACACCGAAAUUCAUUUCGGCACAUGAAACACAUACCCACGGUUCUAAUGAAGACCAAAUGCCAGAAGAUAUACCCAUGCCAACAUUCUACAGCGAUAUGGUUGCAAAGCACCAAACAAAAAUUCUUUCUAUAUCGCCCUUCGUCAAAUUUGUGCAACCCUACGUGCUCAUGAGGGCACGAGAGCAAGAGAGACGAUUAGCCUACUUGAAGCGACUUCGCGAUAAGGAUACCUUCGAAGAACAGACAGAGUCCGAAAAGACUAAACCACAGAAGUUCCAACUCAUUAAGCCUGAGAUGGUUCACGAGACAGUCAAAAGAGCUCCCAGGCAGAUUAUGGAGGUUCUCCACGCCGUCCAUGAUGCCGAGUACGACAAGGCGUUGCACAACUACCAGACUCAAACACGACAAUGGGAGUAUACCAUACAGAGUAACCUUCACCUAUUCGACCCUCUUGCGCAUCAAAAUAUUACAGUUCUUCAUACUCUAGUCUGUACAGCAACAUCGGUUCCUUGUGCGGGUCCAGAACUCUUGUCUUUGGCGUUUUACAAAGAAUUUGACCUUCCAAGACAAGAAUUUGAUCCCGACUGCACGCUUGGAAGCUACGUCGAAGAUUUAUGCCGAAGUAUUAGCACAAUUUGCACAGCGAAUGGGUGCGAUAGUAGGAUGUCAGAGCAUCACAGAACUUAUGUCCACGGAGAAGCUCGCAUAACUGUUUUCGUGGAAAAGUCACCAUGUAAAAUCAAGGGUCUACAAGAUUCCAUCUUGAUGUGGAGCUAUUGCAAGGUCUGCCAGAAAGAAACACAAGUCAUGCCUAUGUCGGAGAGCACCUGGAAAUAUUCACUUGGCAAAUAUCUUGAACUCUCAUUUUGGAGCAGCGAAUUGCGUCUUAGGGCUGGUUUCUGCCCACACGACAUUCAUCGAGAUCAUCUUCGUUACUUCGGAUAUCGGAACGUAGCUGUCCGCAUACAUUACGACCCCAUUGACGUCCUGGAGAUUGUGGUACCCCGUGCUAGAAUUACAUGGAAGGUGGAUAACGAUCUUAAACUCAAGAACGACUUAUUUACCAAGGCCGAAGACAGAUGGAAUCGGUUCAUGGCAUCGGUCAACUCUAGGAUUAAAGGAAUAAACAUCGAGAGCGUGUCGCCGGAGAAAGUUGAUGAUUGUAAAGCGGAAGUAGAGCGGCUAACGGAACGAGCUCACGAGGAGCAUGCUGCACUCAUUCGCAAAUUACGUGGCCAGUACAUGAAUUCAAAAUAUUAUGAGGUUAUCCCUCUCAAUAGAGCCAUUCGAGCCAUGCAAGAGAAGGUUGCUGAUUGGGACAAUGCAUUUGCCGAUUUUGACGCAAACUUCUUCCCAUCCGAGAAAGAUAUCCGAAGACUAGCGGCAUUGCAACUCAAGAAAAUGUUUAUUGAUCGUGACGAGUCGUCACCUUCGGUGGUGGCUACAAGUCUUAACGAGACGACCUCCGACGUGGAUGAAAAAUCCCCUUCUGCUUCUGUAGAGCUCACACGGCAAGCUUCUAGUAUAUCUGAGACGGAAGUCAAGGAAGCACUUUCUUCGGCGGUCGAGGAAGAUUCAAACACGUCAAGUCUAGCACCAACUGAAACCCCUCCUACAGCAAUGACUAUAGCAGAAACAAGCGACGCUCAAAAUCUAGUAUUAGAUGCGGCAGGUAUUGACCAUCUAGAUCUCGCUCUGCCCAAACAAGAAACAGAGGAGCCAUUAGUUGCUUCAACGCCUACUCUACCUCCUCCCAUAGACACCUCGGAAGCAGAGCCAAGCUUGUCCCGACAGCUAUCAGCCACUUCCACAUCAACCGACAUCACGUUAACAGAGAAGGUCGAACAGCUUCGGAAGAAUGCUGCUCUUGCUGCUUCCAACGGACAGGCAGAAUCUCAUCUCCCACGCCCAGCUGAUCGUCCGCUAAGACGAAGUGCGACAGCUACCUCUCCUCCUAUCGGUAGGACUCGAUCAGGACCUGCUGCUGGCACCAUUCGACGGACAACCAUGACUUCGAAGGGUUCAAAGCAUGAUGGUAACAUCGUAGAUGAAAGUUCUACUAUCGAACCCCUGAAACCAUCCGCGACAGAACCAGUCCGCCCGACAGACAAGAGACUUUCGGAGAGGUUGGGGUUAGGAAGUAUGAAAGCACAUCGAAAAGGGCACUCCUUGAUACCGCGAUCGGUUCAUGGGAAGCACAAGUCGGACUCUAAAGUAUCCACACUAGCGAAACAUUUCGAACAAUUGAGUAGGGAGUUUGAGAGGGAGCGACAGCGUGAUAGGAAACAACGUGCAGCAAAGGUCUCGCAAUCACGAGCCUUCCCGAAAGCGUCUUCUAAGCCGAUUGUCGAGGUUUAUAGGGAUGUGAAUGAGGCUGUAGAACAGCGAGGGCCAACUGAUGAAGACCUAAAUACUGUACAACCGACACAGCCAAGUAACGAGCAUACAGAUGUAGUCAAAGGCCUCGCUGGUCUUAACACGGAAACCCCAUCCAUUGACACACCCCCACGAUCGCCAACUGGUACCGCUUUAACUGCCGAUGAGCCUACGACUGAAGCGGACGACGACCAUCAUCGUACUGUCAGUCAAACUGCUUCUGACGACGAUGGAACUGUCAGCGACGUCGAUCACUCCUUGUUAGAUGACAUUAUCCCGGGAGCAGCUGAGAUAGCGGAGUCAUUAUCCAAGCCAAAUGCUGACAUAGGACUUGAGUUGCCGAAACAUGAGAAGACCAGCUUAAUGAAGAUGCUGACUAAUUUCUGGGCCGAACGUUCAGCGAGUGGUUGGACCCCACUAGACUAUCCAAUCAAUGCUGGAGAUCACAUAUUCGCCGAUGAAGAUGUGAUUAUACGUGAGGAUGAGCCAAGCUCGCUGAUAGCAUUCACACUUCAGUCUCAAGUAUACAAGUCCAAAUUGGAGGAGAUUAGAGCCCAUGGUGAGGCCAAUAAGCAUGAACAACCUCCAUCCUCAUCGGAUUCCAAUACCCCGGCUUUCUGCGAAGACGGUAUAAAUCAAGCAGAGGUUGAGACUUCAUUGCUUCGUUCCACUGGGACACAUCUUUCCUUUUCAUUUUCUGACGGAUCUGCACGCAUGCAGUGCAAGAUAUUCUACGCCGAGCAAUUCGAUGCCGUUCGUCGAAAGUGCGGUGUUGCUGAUCGAAUAGUAGAAUCGCUCUCGCGUUGUCUCAAAUGGGAUUCAAAAGGUGGCAAGACCAAGUCAGUCUUCUUAAAGACCUUGGAUGAUCGACUUGUUGUGAAAUCUCUGUCCCCAAUUGAAACGCAAGCUUUCCUCAAAUUCGCUCCCGCUUAUUUCAACAUCAUGGCAGAGGCGUUGUUCCACGAGCUUCCUACCGUCAUUGCAAAAAUGCUAGGAUUUUAUCAAAUUGUGAUAAAAAAUCCUGUUACUGGGAUGGAAAUCAAAUGGGAUGUCCUUGUAAUGGAGAAUCUAUUUUACGACCGACAGUUGACGAGAAUCUUUGAUCUCAAGGGCUCCAUGCGGAAUAGAAAGAUUCAGUCGACUGGUGAGCAGAAUGAGGUCUUGUUGGACGAAAACAUGGUGGAGUACAUUUAUUCAACUCCACUUUUUGCUCGUGAGCAUUCCAAAAGACUUCUCAAAGCAGCAAUAUUCAACGAUACCUUAUUUCUCCAACGCAACGACGUCAUGGAUUACUCCCUCAUGAUCGCUGUUGACGAAGCACGCAAGGAACUCGUCGUCGGGAUCAUCGACGUCGUACGCACGUAUACUUGGGACAAAAAACUCGAGUCCUGGAUUAAAGAUCGUGGUUUCGCUGGUGGUGGACGUAAUCGCCCGACUGUUACCUCCCCGAAGGAAUAUAAAAGCAGGUUUCGAGAGGCGAUGGAUCGGUAUAUUCUUUAUGCGCCGAAUAGUUGGCAUCAGUGGGCGCCUGAGGAGAGGAAGAUUGUUAGAGAGAGGGAUAAGGAGGGGACGGAUCCUUUUGCGUAG